CUCUCGGGGCAGUACAGUAACAUGCCGGUGUUUACAAAGAGCGAAGAAAAAGUGUCGCCAGAUCCCCGGAAGUGGUUGUCAAGGAGUGACUGUCAGGACAUUUUGGCGUUUAAAAGUCAUGGGAGAGCCCAGAGUAUCCUCCAUCGAUGGCAAGCUCGCCGAAGAGUUCGCCGCUCCCUCCCACGUGGACGAGGUCAAGGACGAGAUGGCCGCCUUCGCCCAGCGUCACGCCAAGGCCGGCCGCCGUGUGGUUCUCAUCACCUCAGGGGGCACCAAAGUCCCCCUGGAGUCGCGCACCGUUCGAUUCCUGGACAACUUCAGCAGCGGCAGGAGGGGCGCGUCAUCGGCGGAGUAUUUCCUGGACGCCGGCUAUGCGGUCAUCUUCCUGCACAGGCAUCGCUCCCUCUAUCCGUACACCCGCACGUUCUCCGCGGUCAACAUGCUGGACACCCUGCAGUUCAACGCGGGCGACGUGGUGGUGAACCAGCAGGUGCUCCCGAACAUUGCCAAAGUGCUGAAGCGCUACCGCGAAGUAACAGACGGUAAACUCCUUCUCCCCGUCGACUUCAACACCCUGUCGGAGUAUCUGCACCUGCUCAAAGCUGCAGCGCAGGCCCUCAGCACUAUAGGAUCCAAGGCUAUGUUUUACCUGGCUGCGGCCGUGUCAGAUUUCUACAUCCCGGCAUCUGAAAUGCCUGAGCACAAAAUUCAGUCUUCGAAUGGACCUCUUCAACUGACCAUGAAUAUGGUCCCUAAAAUCCUGUCCCCGCUGGUGAAGGACUGGGCACCCAAGGCCUUCGUCAUAUCCUUCAAACUGGAGACGGACGCCAGCAUCCUGCUGGAGAAGGCUCGGCGAGCUCUGGACACCUACAGGCACCAGGUGGUCGUGGCCAACGUGCUGGACUCCAGGCGGGGUUACGUGAUGGUGGUGACCCCGACCAGCCAGGACGAGGUGGUGCUCUCCAAAGAGGACGCCAAAAACGAGGUGGAGAUCGAGGAGAGGAUCGUGACUAACUUGACCGCCGCGCACGACCAUUUUAUUACGCAGCAAGCGGGCUAAGCUUUAUUGGCAUCAUUUGGAGUUUGCUAAUCGCUGAAAACAAUCAUGUCCUCAAUCAUUAAAUCUAUGCAUCUUUUGUAUCAAGGUUAGUAAUAUUUUGAAGCAAUGUAACUAUCGUGUAAUUAUAUGGCAGAAACAAUAACUACUGUAUUAAAUCAAACGUAAGUUCAUUUUUUUGGGGAAAAUCCUUUAAGACAAAAAGUCAUUAGUAUCACAUUUGAUGACUUAGAAUCAUUAACUUCAAAUGAUCGUAACUGUUUGCUAACUUACCCAACUUUUGAGGCCGCUGGUGUGUGUGUGUGUGUGUGUGUGUGUGUGUGUGUGUGUGUGACAGGAAGAAAAGCUCUGACUUGCGUUAGAAAGAAGUCAACUUUUUUUCCGAAAUUUCGAGCCAAUGAGAUUUAUUUCUGGGAACGUCCCUUUAAAAUCAUGUUAAAGAUCAUGACUGAAAUGCUUGGAAUUGGAAAAAAUUAUAUUAACACGUUUGUAUCGAUUGACAGCAUGUCGUACAAGUUAUUAAAAUAUGUACAAGUUUAUUCUUUGUGGCUCAUGAUCCCGACAGAGUACGGUAAAAGGUUGAGGAUCAAAGCAGGCGGCAGUGUGCGGUUACUUGAGUUUGAUACUCUUCUUGACUCCUGCUCGAAUGCCGGACAGUUCUCCGCUGUAUCUCAUCUCCUCCCGACGAACCUCACGCACCUGGUGGUCCAGCACAAAAGUCAGUAUUUGGCUCAAGCGUGCACUGGGUAAACCUUUAGGCGUGCACUGAUACUAACCUGGCCCUUUCUGCGGAUCUUGGCCCUCCUGAACUUCUCUCGGUGCUUGACUCGAGGGUUGCGGUCGAUCUUCUUCCUCUUGGGGGUGAGACCUUUGUUCUUAGACAUCUGUGGACAUGUUCAUAGUUAGGACAAGUGGAAGUGCACCUAUGGAUAACAACUAGAGAUGUCCGAUAAUGGCUUUUUUGCCGAUAUCCGAUAUUGUCCAACUCUUAAAUACCGAUUCCGAUAUCAACCGAUACCGAUAUAUACAGUCGUGGAAUUAACACAUUAUUAUGCCUAAUUUUGUUGUG